ACCAAUUAUUUACUGAGCGGACGUUCUCGCAUCCGAAACCGAAAGUGAUUUCAGCGCGUAUUACAACUCCUUCAUGUCAACAUGGAAGGAGAGAGAAGCAAGUCAGCUUCACCUUUAAAAUGUAUUUUGUGUAUGAGAUCUAAUGAGACCGAUUGUACAGGACCGCUGUCUAGUAAAAAAGGAAUCUCAGCACACCAAAACUGUUUGUUAUUUGCAUCAGGAAUCUUCUGCAAAUUCUCUCCUACAUUUGAUGACCUGUUCGGCUUUGAUGUGGCUGAUGUUAAUGAUGAAUACAGGAGAGGAAGAAAACUAAGAUGCCACCAGUGUAAGAAAAAGGGAGCUACAGCUGGAUGUGAGGUGAAGGCCUGCAAGCGCUCCUACCAUUACCCAUGUACUGAGAAGGCCCAAGCAGCAUCUGUAGAGAACUCAAAAGGAGGCAUCUACACGUUGUACUGUCCGAAGCAUAAUCCCAAUGCCAAAAGUGCAGAAGAUGGUCCCUCUGAAGUAGCUUCUGGUAGUGGUGAUCCUAAUAAUUCUGAGGCAAGUGAAAUGGAAAACAGCUUUGCCGAAUCUGAGAGUGAUGGUGAUAUUACAGCAGUGUCUGGAGAUAGAAAAAGAAAACGUUCCAUCUAUACAUCAGACUCGGACGACAAUGAAUCACCCAUAGAUCAUGCAUUUGCACCAUUAGACGAGGACCCAGAGGAACCUGUAGCAAAACAGAUGAUAGGUCCCACCAUGCAAACUCCUGUUCCUGAAAAUGAAAGGAAUGACGAGGAGCCCAAACCAUCCACCUCAGAAGAUGCCUCCACUCCUAGUGAUAUUGAAUGUGGUGAUGAAACAUGUGUUGAAUUGAAUAAUGAGUCCCCGAGUCUGUUAGCACCAGAGUACCGGCACGAUGACGUACUGUUUACAGUUAUUGCAGACUCAGGACCUUCAGAAGCCAGCCUUGAUCCUUAUUCACCAGCCCCUGCUGUGAUCUGCGACUCCCCUCCAUCUCAUUCUGCUGCUGAGCAGGACAUCACCUUCCACAAUGACACCACAAUUCAAGUAAACCCACUUGCACCUGGUUGCCCACCUAACAACUCCCUUCCACCGAAAAGCAGUGAUGAUGCACCUCACUGCUCCUCUGAUGAAAAUCCCUCAGUUGAAAAUUCACAUACAGUUGAUCAGAUAGUCCGUCCUGCAUCUCGUGAUCGACCACUAGACCUCACAGCACCAGCAGGGGACUUACCCUUUCCGGUUGCUAAACACACAGGUGAAAUGAGUGUACCAGCUGCUCUGUUCUGGAGAAGAUGUAACGAGUUGGGCUGCACAGAAAACAUAUUCAUGGAGCUCAGACAUCAGCUCAGUAGCUUGGCUGACAGGGUGCAGAAUGAGCAUGCUACGCAGCAAGAUUACACCGUCUCUCUCAGGAUACUGGAGGCAUCAGGGAGGCUUCCUGAAAUAUUCCAACAACUGGAGCAAGAUUUGGAAGAACAAGAGAGGAAGCUGUGCGAAAAGAGAGAAGCAUUAAGGAACGCCAAAGCAGCAUUAGGACCUAAUUGUUUUAUGUAAUGUCCCACAACUUAGCAGAGUUAAUCUUUUUUGUUUAUACGAUUACAUGUGUAAUGUUUUUAAAGUAUGUUAAGUGUAUCUAUAAUUUGAGUGGUGAUGUGUACUACUCAGGGUUUUUGUAUUAUUGGUACAAAGAAUGUAGUACGCUGCAAGGAUGUGUCUUUUUUAGGACUGCUUCAAUGUUUUACAUUUAGUUUUUUUUUAAUUGAGAACAGGUUUAAUUUUUUUUUCAUUCCAGUGUCCAGGUAAUGUUUAUAACCCUGUAAAAGGUAGGUUUCUUGUAAAUAGUGUUACACAUUUUAUUGUCAUCCUUUCCCAUGCUUUAGUGACGUUGUUGAAGUACUGACAUGAUUUUUAUUUUGUUGAAAAUGCUGCAGUAGCUGUGUUACAGUGGGGAUUGAAAUCUAGAUACACUGCUUUUUCUUUGCAUGCACAUCAUAUUUUACAUUAGUCCUGUAGGCACAUGAUAAAAACAAAAGCUAAUUUAAGACAACAAGGUUACAUUGAUGAAAUACCUAUCGUCAUAGCUAACAACUGUCUAAAUGAGUAAGUAAAUAGUUUGGUUUGACUGUUGGAAAAGUAAAAGGUUAAUUAUAGACGUGGUUUACAUGUUUUUGCUUUGCAUGGUUUU